CCCCACUGUGAUCACAACUAUGGGAACUUUCCAGUAGUGUCAACAGCGUAGUAUCUGUACUCCUGUUUGUCUCUCAUCUUUUUGGUGGGAAAAGUUACAAACAGGUAAGCAUGCAGUCUCAUUUUGCUUCACCAAAGCUCUCGCUACCUCCUAACCAUGACUUCUUUAGCUUUCGUGGCAACAUCUCAGCCGUUCAUCACAACUCCUCCACAUUCCCCAUCCCCACCACCACCACCACCACCAUCAUCCCAUCACAACCGUCACCUCCUGUCCCUCCUUACAGACAACAUUUCCAUGCCCCACCUCAAGCAGAUCCAUGCUCAAUUCCUCAAAACCUCCUCCCCUCCUCUACCCCAUCUCCCUCUCGACUACCACACUCUCUUCCUGUAUAGCCGCAUCCUCCAUUCCUCCGCCGCUUUGGAUCUCCACUAUGCUGAUCGCCUUCUCUCUGCUAUCCCCAACCCCAAUUCCUUCAUCUGGAACACCCUCAUCCGCGCCUACGCUCGAAGCCCUGAUCUCAAGCUUCGCUCCCUCGUCCUCUACCAUCGGAUGGUGGCCGAUGGCCGUGCCGCCCCAGAUAAAUAUACGUUCCCGUUUGUUCUCAAGGCCUGCGCUUUUCUGUUUGCUGUUUGGGAAGGGAGGCAGAUUCAUGCUCGCAUUGUCAAGCUGGGUUUUACCUGUGAUACUCACGUGAAUAAUAGUUUGAUCCAUUUCUAUGCGUCUUGCGGGUGUUUGGAUGCUUCUCGCCGGGUGUUUGAUGGAAUGCCGGAGAGAAGUUUGGUGUCGUGGAAUGUUGUGAUUGAUGGAUAUGUCCAUUGGGGUGAGUUUGUUGUGGCCAUUGGACUGUUUAGGGAGAUGCAGGGGUUGUCGUUUGAACCGGAUGGGUUUACGAUGCAGAGCAUUGUAUGUGCUUGCGCAGGUCUGGGAGCUUUUUCUUUGGGGCUGUGGUCUCAUGCCUAUGUGCUGAGGAACUGUCAACAAGAGGUAGCUGAUGAUGUCUUGAUGAACAAUUGCCUGCUGGAUAUGUAUACAAAAUGCGGGGCUAUAUAUAUGGCGGUCCAAUUGUUUGGCUGUAUGCCUAAGCGAGACGUAACUUCUUGGAAUGCUAUGAUUAUAGGCUUUGCCAUGCAUGGGCAUGUUAAGGAAUCUUUCGAUGCCUUUGGUUGCAUGUGCACGAAGGAGAGGCUGAAGCCUAGUUCUAUCACAUUCGUUGGCGUCUUGAGUGCAUGUAAUCAUGGGGGUUUGGUGAAUGAGGGCCAAAGGUACUUUGAUUCGAUGGUCACCGAGUAUGGAAUUGCACCCCAGAUUGAGCACUACGGAUGCAUGGUUGAUCUUUUUGCUCGUGCAGGACUUGUCUAUGAAGCUUUGAAUCUUGUAUCUGGCAUGCCCAUGAAGCCCGAUGUAGUGAUCUGGAGGAGUCUUCUUGAUGCUUGCUGCAAGCUAAAUGCGGGCAUUGAGGUCAGUGAGUUGGUAGCUAAACGAGUUUUGAAGUCAGAGGGAGGCAUGUCUAGUGGCACUUACGUUCUCUUGUCAAGAGUCUAUGCCUCGGCAAACCAGUGGAAUGAGGUUGGACUGGUUAGGAAAUUGAUGAGUGAGAAGGGGAUAACAAAAGAGCCUGGUUGUAGUUUGAUAGAGAUGGAUGGGGUCGUCCAUGAAUUUAUUGCCGGUGACACAUCACACCCAAGAUCACAGGAGAUAUACGAGAUGUUGGAAGCAAUUGAAGAGAAACUGGUAUCGGUCGGAUACACACCUGACUUAUCACAAGCUCAUAUAGCUGAUCAUGCCGAUGAGAAGCGACACUCACUUCGCCUUCACAGUGAGAGGCUGGCUAUUGCUUUUGGCCUCCUCAAUGCAAAGCCAGGAACACCCAUCCGCAUCUUGAAAAACCUGCGUGUGUGCAGUGAUUGCCACACACUGACUAAAUUAAUAUCGACCGUUUUUGAUGUAGAAAUCAUUGUGAGAGAUCGCACCCGAUUCCAUCGAUUUAAAGCCGGGUUGUGCUCAUGCAUGGAUUAUUGGUGAUGUUUGACAUGAUUUUUAUUGGGAUCAACAACACAAGAAGAUAUUACAAAGCAUAUAAAUAUAAUGUAGAUGGGGAAUGUUUUUGGCAAAGCCACUAAAGAAUUUGUUUCAUUCAUGUAUAUAGAUAAUUAGACAUGAUGCAUUACAAUUCAUGCAUUUUCAAGCUC